AUGAUUAGGCUCGCGGCACUGAAGAAUUCAUCUGGAUUCCUCGUCAAUAACAACUGCGUCAUUGGUGUCAAGUUCAUUAAAGUUGUCACCACAAAAGCAAAGACGACAUCAGAGAAACUCUUUGUCAAGAAUACGAGCACCUUGCCCGAGGCCAAAUCUGCUUACACCUGGUGCAUUGUGGACUUCUUUGGAAUGAAGAACCCAGGGUACUCCCCGGAGUUCACCGCCGGUGGAUACAAAUGGUCGAUUCGCCUCGAUAAAGAAGAAAACCACAUCUCCUUGUACCUGAAGAAGAUGAUAAAUGAUCUCCCCGAAGACUAUGCCAUCCUGGUUGAAUUCACCUUAUCCAUCAAAAACCAGGAAGGUCGCAAGCAUUUGAAAACAACAGGCCGGACCCAGUUCUCAAACAAUGUUCGGAUCUGGGGAUGGGAGAACGUUGUUUCAAUGGAGGAUAUCCAGGACUCAUCAAAUGGUUAUCUCAUCAAGACCAAGUGCUGCAUUGAGGCUGAGGUCAAAAUCGUUGGCUCCUCUAGGAUGAAGUAG